AUGAGUGGAAACUUUGCUUGGAUUGUGACUAGCAAAACCAUGAAUUUUUUGGAGUUCCAAGAUCCUGCUGUAUUUGAGACAAUUCAAGGAGUAGUUGGUCUCAAAUCUUAUAUUCCUGCAUCAAGCAAGCUCCGGGAUUUCACUUUGAGAUGGAGAAGGGAAUUUCAGCUUAGUCAUAUUGAUAUGGAAAUUAGGGGAUUGAAUGUGUUUGGUAUAUGGGCUUAUGAUGCAAUAUGGGCAUUAGCAGAGGCAAUUGAGAGGGAAAGAAUACAUAUUUUUCCAAAUAGGGGAGAAGGCUUGGGACUGAACCUAACAGGCUUAGCUCCCAUAAGAGUUUCUAAUGUUGGUUCAACCCUCCUGAGCAAGUUUCGAAGUAUUCAAUUUACAGGUUUAGGGGGAGAAUUUCAGCUCGCGAAUGCAAAAUUAGUCCAUGAGACUUAUGAAAUAGUAAAUAUGAUAGGAAAUGUGGGAAAAAGAGUAGGUUUCUGGACACCAGCUUGUGGACUCACCAAGGAAAUAUAUUCGUCCACCAACAGUUGUUCCUCUAGCAGCCUGGAAACUAUUAUUUGGCCAGGAUUCUCCAAAACUGCUCCAAAAGGUUGGUUAGUUCAAAUGGAUGGUAGACCUUUUAAAGUUGGAAUUCCGAUGAACUCGAGGUUCCAUGAAUUGAUAAGCUGGCAGCACAAUCAACAAAAAAAUGAAACAACAUUCACUGGCUUCUGUGUAGAUGUAUUCGAUAUGGCAAUUCAGAGAUUGAACAGAGCCAUAGUUUAUGAAUUUAUUCCCUUCUAUAAUCACAACGGAAGUUAUAGUGAUCUCGUAAAUCAGGUCUCUCAGCAGAUUUUUGAUGCUGCCGUAGGGGACAUAACUAUCACUUCGGACAGGUCUCAAUAUGUUGACUUCACGUUGCCAUACACUGAGUUAGGUGUUGGAAUGGUAGCACGAUUGGACAAUAAAGACCCAUGGUUCUUCUUAAAGCCAUUUAGCGUGGACCUAUGGAUAAUGAGUGCUGGUUUCUUCAUUCUGACGGGAAUUAUUGUCUGGUUUAUUGAACACCCUACCAAUGAAGAAUUCCAAGGUUCUCUAGCAUGGCAAAUUGGGACAAUACUUUGGUUCGCGGCAUCAACUCUUGUUUAUGCUCAAAGAGAAAGAUUACAAAGUAAUCUAUCAAGAUUUGUCGUGGGGGUUUGGUUUUUUGUAGUACUUAUACUGACAUCAAGUUAUAUCGCAAACUUGAGUUCACUUUUGACAGUUCGACGGAUAAAAUUGACAAAAAACGAUUACAUAGGGUACUCAGCAAACUCUUUUGUAAAGGGACUUGUCAGCAACCUGAAUUUUCAGGAUAACAGACUUAAGCCUUUUAAUUCACCUGAGGAAUAUGAUCAGGCUUUGAAAAAUGGAAGUGAAAAAGGCGGCGUUAGUGCUAUUCUUGAAGAAAUUCCUUACCUUAAAAUAUUCCUGGCGAGGUACCCACAUGAUGAUUAUGCCAUAAUUGACUCCUCAGAGAAAAGUAAUGGCUUUGCUUUUGUUUUUCCAAAAGGUUCACCAUUGGUCCAUGAAAUGUCAAGACAGAUUGCGAUGCUCAGAGAAGAGGAAAUACUUCUGGCGUUGGAGAAUAAAUGGUUUACAAGCCAAUCGUCAUUAUCUUCUAUAUACACUAAGCUACCUGCCACCAAUACUCUGGAGAUUACUAAUUUCUCUCGUCUAUUUGUUGUUAAUGCGACCUGUAAAGCUGUGGCCCUUCUUCUAUUUUUGGUCUUUGUACUCUGUGAUAAAGUGUCCAUCAAAUACUAUGUUAUCAGAAUUUUGGCAGGAAGAAAACUGGUAUCCAUUUUUAGAUACCUAUUCACAGCCAAUACAAUUGGUAUGACAAAUGCCACUCAAUGA